AGUCUUUGUGGGCGGAAGUGUGUUGUGUAUGGAGGUGUUCAAGGGCGGAAAUGUGACAGUAGUUUCUAUAGAGACAAGAUAGUUGUUAUGAUGAGGUAGGAGUUUGGAUGAAAGGUAGAGGAUGGCGGAUUCUGAGACAGAGGGGCUGCGAUUGCAGACCAAGAUAGUCCAAAACCAGCCAUAUGACGAAACCCUUGAAAUCAAUGACUCAGAAGAGGUUGCAAGUGUUUACUCGCCAACUCCCAGAAACCCAGGUGUUGCAAAGCCCAGGGCCAGUGUGAGAGAUAUUGCAGAUGCGAGCAGUGAUGAGGAGAGUGCAAUGGAUGGGAAGAAAAAGAAGGAUUUGGGGAAGUUGGGUGGCAUUCGUGGGGGCCCUCAGGCGUUUAGUGAGGAUGAAGACUCCGAUACAGAUGACGGGGACGAUGAUGAUGAGGAUGAUGACGAAGAGCAUGGGACAUCUAACGAGGGUUAUGACCCUGCAGAUUUUGCACAUCUUCCAGUGACCAGCGAAAUCAAGGAGUUGUUCCAGUACAUAACCAGAUAUACUCCUCAGACCAUAGAUUUAGACCACAAACUAAAGCCUUUCAUACCAGAUUUUAUUCCAGCUGUUGGGGACAUUGAUGCUUUCUUAAAGGUUCCACGGCCAGAUGGGAAACCUGAUAAUUUGGGCCUUUUGACACUCGAUGAGCCUUCCAUCAAGCAAUCUGACCCUACAGUUAUGGCUCUAUGGCUUUCAGAAAACUCCAAACAGCAUAAUAUCACUCAACAAAUUAAGGUUAAGAGUCUAGAAAAUGCAGAGAAAAACCAGAAAGCCAUUGAUACUUGGAUAGAAAGUAUCAGUGAACUUCAUCGCUCAAAACCUCCUGCCACUGUGCACUAUACAAGGUCAAUGCCAGAUGUUGACAUGCUGAUGCAGGAGUGGCCACCAGAAUUUGAGGAGUUGCUGGGAAAGGUCAGUCUUCCCACAGCUGAUAUAGACUGUGACCUCCCCACAUACAUUGACAUGAUCUGCGGUGUCCUGGAUAUUCCCGUCUACAAGAGCCGCAUCCAGUCGCUGCAUUUGCUCUUUUCUCUAUUCUUAGAGUUUAAAAAUUCACAGCAUUUUAAAGCAUUAGCAGAGGGUAGAAAGGAGAGGAUCUCAUCUGGAAAUACAGCACCACACAGUGGGGACACAGAUAGAGCCCAUUAUAACUGAAGCAGCAUCGCUCCAAGGCUUACCUGUGCCACAGGUGUCUAGUAAUUACCCGCAAACUCCUAGCGCUUCUCUGUGCGAGGGCUGCGUUCCUUUAUAUAACAUAAGUAUAUAUUUAUAGAAUUUACAUUUUAUUUACAGUGUUAGAUUUAUAUGGUUCCCUCCCCCUUUUUUUUACAAAAAAAUACAAUUUAUUCUAUUUAGUGAAGUGGUCAAUACUUUAUAGUUGUGAUGAUGAUGUCUAUGAUUACGGUGUUGUAGCACCGAAACCGGUCAGGCGUUUUUUUUCUGUUUGGGCUUUGGAAUGUUUUAUCACCUCUGUGCUUUUUAACUUAUGCACAAUAAAGCUUUUUUGUUUUACUUAAUGCUCAAUCACAAGGCUUUUUGGAAUCCUUUUUUUUUUCACGUUUGCAUUAAGCAGUUUUUCUUGGGGAACCGCUCCAUUUGACAGCCUUGUCCGUGCCUGCUAGUUGUAUUCCCUGCAGCUGAGUGUUUUGGAUCCUGGGUGGUGACAUCAGCUCUCUGCUACUGAGUCAGUGAUUGGCCCACUUACUACCAUGUGAUCAGACUGGAAGAAACGUUACAAGGAGAAAGUGCGAUACGCUGCUUCUCUGAUGUUUGCUGCUGUAAUUAUCUCCCUUACCUAGACCGCUGGUUAUUACAUAUAGUGGGUGAGUGAAUUUCCUUCCCUGCAGAUACAUUGCUCUUUUACCCGGGUUGUGUUCUGAUACCAGCUAAUACCAGUGGAGCUGGCGGUCAGACAUAGGCAACCAGGUAACUUUUGUGAGCUGAUGUGUUUUUCUGUUGGAGUUUGAUUCAUACAGUUAAUCGUUUGGUAACCCUGCUUAUGAGUCUCACCCAGGGUUUUGGAUAUAAAUAUCAACAUCACUAUUAUUACAGGGAGCAUUGAACUGUCUCAUUUAACUUACCACCACCGGCUUGUUCUGCCCAUUUUACCGUACUCAUCUUGUUUAUUCUCUAUUAAGUGAACCUGGAUUUUUAGCAUUUCAUACUACAGGCAUACAAGGUUUUAUAUUAUUAAUGCUUUAUGAAUGAAUAUUUCCGUAAUUUAAGAAUAUAGGAUUUAUGCAAAAUGUUUAGAUUUUACUUAGAUAAUAUAUAAUUGUUGUCAGCAGUUUUAAUUAUAUUCAGCAUUUAAUUGUAGCACUACCCACCCUAUCUGUAUUUAACCCAUUAAAGUUCUCUGUGUCUCCUGAUCGGUACUUUACUUGUGUGUUUAACCCCUUUACAGUGGGUAUUACACUGAAUUAUAUUAAUUAAACAAAGUGAUGCAUUAAAGUACAUGCAUUACUUCCCUGUUCCUUUAAUUUAAAAACUUGCUGUUAACAUUAAACAUGUUUUUUCUUAAACUCA